ACAGCAAUAACGCAAAAAGGCGGGGUAAAAGUUAAAAUUGCAAGAUUUACUGAGCUGUUGCUGCCGGCCUACAGCCAAAGUUGUAUGAUUUUGAUAAUAUCUGCCCGAUAUGAACACUUUUCUGUAGAAUUCUAAAUUGCCUGGACAUCGCUGCUCUUCUACUGAAUAUUGUUGGAACGUUGAUUGGAUCCUUACUUUAUGUUUUAUGCCACGGUUUUCAAAGACGUUUGCAAAAUCAUUUUCAAUUAUGUUCUAUUUUCUAGGUCGUGGCAUUUUUUACAUAUUCUUAAGUUUAGUAGCAAUAGAAUUUGAUUUCGAUACUGUAAUCAGCAAUUGCAUAAAUUAUUGUAGUCGGUCUUGUCUAUGUCCUACUACAUUUCGUUCGAAAGAACCAAGAGCCUGAGUUUAUGUCUUUCAAACGUUAUCAGUGUUUGAUAUGGGAGAUCUCGCACGAAUUUCCAGUAGCAAAUAAUCAGCGAGAAACUUAUCCUGUAGCGCAUCAAGUACCUAUGGUUCAGCCGGAACAGGACAUAGUUCUGCAAGACCAAGUUACUAAUACCAACAAUAUACCUGAUCCUGCUCCUGAGGAGAAAGAAGAAGUAUAGAAACCGGCACCGAUCAUUCACUUACGAAUAAUUAACUGUACAUGCUUUAUCCCUAAAAAAAUCACCUUUAUUUGCUGUUAAACGCCCAAUUAGGCUGAAUUAAUGGACACAUUUGCCUCAAAAUAAAACUUAGUUAGGAGAGAAAGAAAAAGC